CAGAAACUGUGGCCUUAUUUGAUCUCAAGGUCGCGGGAUGACCGCAGUCAAACACGUGUUACUUUAUUUGUUAUUCUCUGUUCUCUCAUUAGGACUCUCAGGUGACUUAAAGACUGUCGCUCUACAUGAUAUUUUAAACAUUGAUCUUUCCGAAUACACAGAAGGGUCAAAUGCUGCACUUUUAUUCAUAAUUCCUGAUAACUGUCAUGACUGCCAUAUGCACAAGAAACUCCUUAAUGAAAUUUCUUCCGACGUUCUAUACAGUGGUGAUAUUUUUCAUCUCAAUGAUAUGACUGUACCUUGGAUUAAUAUGCUUUCUGCCCCAGUUAUACUGUUUUUAAACAAUGAAAGGAAAAUCCCUUAUCUUGGUCCACUCCAUCGCACUCAUCUUAUUAACGCUAUGCAUCAGUUUACUACAGGUGUGCAGUCAGCUCGAUUAGAUGAUGCUAAUUUUGAACACGAUACUCAGGCCUCUACUGGUUCGACAACGGGCAACUGGCUUGUUAUUUUUGAUGAGAUCACACCAGACACCUUACAGAUCUACGAUGGAUUGUCGUUAACUUUACGCGCAAAACAUGUAAAUAUAGGCGUUCUUGAUCCGAAACAGUCGACGCGUACAGCUAAACGUUUCAAUAUCAGCAUACCAUCGGAUUCUGCUCAGAAUAAUCCUCUAAUUUCAGCAAUCUUAUUAAAACAAUCCACCAUGUAUCAAUAUUCAGAAAAUCUACAUCGAAUGGAUUAUGAGCAAGUUACCCAAUUUGCGCUUACUGGCUAUCCAAAUCAUAUUAAAGGUUCAAUUCCACGUCCACGUAUGAUGUUGUAAGUGUGUAUGUUGAUAAGUUGCUUUUUGGCUUAUUGUACCAGUUCUGUUGACUUGAGUUCGUUUUUCUUUCCAAAAGUAUGUAGCAUUUAUAAAUAUGUUAUGACGAAUUUUUUAACAAAGCAAGAAGAACAAUCGUAGCAAAAUAAUAAGGAGUUAUUUAUUUUAUGGGAUUGUAUCAACUAUUCACAAACUAGAAACAUUAACGACAUUCAUCAAUGACAAUAAUUGUUGAAGAAUCUGAAGAAAAAUCAUUUGUAUGGUUGUUGAUUCAUCGUUUAACUAUGUAGGGAUUCUAAAGGAGGAAAUUGAAAAGAUUUACAACGUGGAUUAUUUUCUAAUAGCUGAAACCUAAAAAAAAUAACUUUUUGAAGUUCCCGAAUUGGGUCGAAUACGCUUCAUCAUUAUGAGAUUUGAGGAUUGUGUAACAUGUAAAAGUUGUUUUUGAAAGUUUUAUUCCUUUGUUAAUAAACUUCAUUGUUGACAGUAAGAUAAGUUGAAGUAAAGCGUAAAAAUGUCGUUUCCAAUACUAACUUAUUCUAAUUCUUACUAUUCAGAAUGGCACAACUUUGAGUGAAAAUCUCAAGCUCUCAUUAUUUAACACAUUAUAAACUAUUUUCCGCUUACUCAUAACUAUAGGGAAUAUUUUAUCGAGUCUAGUAUAAGGUAGGAUAUCGUUCGUUUAUUGUGAUGAUAAUAUGCAGUCGAAUUACACUGUGUAUACAGUUUCUGUUAUCUGAAUUUCUAAGUGUGUUUUCUCCUUGCUAAAUAUUAUUUUAGUAACGUACCUGCUACUGUUUUUUCGCGACCAUUUUACUCAUGAAAAUAGGUAUGGUCCAUAUCCUAAUAUGCGACUACAUCCAGCUAAUGAGUCCCAAACGGGACGAAACGCACAUCUCAGAUUUUACUACUAGCCACCAUCUAUCCACCUAUAUUUUGUUUCUUUUUACGCAAAGUACCAUAGCGUUUUUGUAUUUUUUAAAAACUACAUCGUAUCUCUUUCAGUGAUGAAAUGGUCGAUGCUCUUGUUGGAUUUACUGUGGUAAGUGAUAUAUUAAGCGUCUUUAUAUAUAGUCUACUUGUCAAUAUCUAACAGUUCUGGUUAGUAGUUUAUAGGCAGUCUAUGUGAGACGCUUGGCAAUUGUUUCAUCUUAGUAUAGAACUCAUCAACAAUGAGAAUACAGGAUCCCAUCUGAGAUCGAACUCGAACCUCACAAUGAGCACUUAACCUUGCAAUUAUUGAGUUGGUACUUUUGUCUUAUUUCAGUAACGAGACUAUAAUUUAUGGACGGACCAGUCAGAUUUGCGAUAAUAGAUCUUGAAUUUCAGCGCGAAAUUCUUCAUCCAUUUGACUAAAUAGCGUUUCGGCCUUUUAGCUCAUAUCAGUUCGUGAUGAAAGCUCUAACUAUCAACUAUAAAUAUUAAUCAGAAUUCCUCACACUGGUUUAUGACCUUCAUUUAGCCCUAGUACGUAGGUGAAUGUUCUCGAGGUCACUUAAGCGUCGCUUAAAGAUCGUCCAUAAAUUAUAAUCUCAUCAACAACAGUCUAUAAUAUAAUUGAAUCAUUUUCCAAUACAUGAUAUUUUAAAAUAAAGAGUUACAUCGUAUUUAUUUAAAAUUGUUCAUGACAAAAUAUUGUUCUUUAACUAUACAAUGGGAGUGAAUUGUUCACCGUAAAACUGACUUUGUUUAAUAAUCGAAAAAUUAAGUAACCUUAUUGAUCGAUUACACAUACUCAAACAUAGAUAGUCAAUAUCAUCAUGUAUGUGUAUUGACUACUUAAAUGAGCUGAUUACAUUUCCUCAAUUUAUAUUUCUAUCUAUGACUUAUUCGUAUAGAUGUGCAGGGAUGCGCACGUUACUCAUUAUACCAUACAUUUUCGGUUUAAUUAUUUCAACCGUUUUUGUUCUUAAUAGUCGACUCUUGUUUUUAUCCGUUAGAUUUUAAAUAAAAUCGGAUUGUAUUUAUGUUUGUCUAUGGAUUUUCUACAUCUGAAUGUUUAUUUAACAGCUUGUCUAACAAAUCUCAGAUAUGAUGAGAAGUACAUUUGAAUGUAAACUUACAAGUAAUCAGUGGAAUGCUUUUAACUUGGGAUCGCUAGUUAACGAUUCUGAAAAUAAUAACACUAGUUAAUAAACAAUUGUCUAGACUCUUUAGGUAGAUUUUAAUAACAUUCAGUAGGAAAAAAGAAAGGAAUAAUAGCCAAUUGUCAAACAGACGACUGAAUCAAAAGGUAGGAUGGUUUACGGAAUAGUUCAAAUAACUUUGAUAACAUUGAAUAGAAAAUUAGUCUUAAGCUUCCAACUUUUGGAAAAGUUGAGUAUACUGUAUCUCUUCGGAAGAGAUUAAGGGUAUGAGACACUAAUGAACUAUCUAAGUGCUAGUUAGGAUUUCCUUUUCAAACUAAUUAUUGUGUAAGUUAUGUCAUGAGAAUUGUGCAUAAUUCCUUCUGCGUGAUUACUGUUUACACUGGUUUGUUUAUUUACUUAUUUAAACACAUAAACAUUUGUACAAAGAGGCACCAAAUAUAUAUGCACGGGUGCCCAAACCGAAACAGUUGGUUUCCUUAGUCUCCCACUCUCCAAGCAUUUGACCUACAAGUUUAAUCCACAAGGCAGUAGAGCAACGUAAGGAGACUCAUUUCCAUGGUAGCCAGUGACCAAUAAUUGGUUCAUACGCCAUUUUCUCCUUCAGGAUCGUGGAGCCCAUAUGCACCACUGGUUUGGAAUCAGGGUUUUCCAACUCCUCUAGGUUGAUCCUCCGUGUCCACCAACCUGGUUAAAGCGCCGGACAUUCGCUUUUCGUCCUCUCACUUUCGUAAACAACACCGCUGCCACGAGAAGUCAGUGAGUAUGACUUCCAUGGAAGUGGCCGUAUACCCGUGGCCAUGUAAGAGCAUGUGGAGAGGGAGCUGAUUCUCCCCAAAAGAAAAAGUAAACUGUUGUCAGCCUGCAAUGUGCGAUCUUAAUUAAUAUAAUUUAUUAAGCACCAGAGUUUACAGUAUUUCAAGCUCAUUGGAAACUAAACAAUGUAUAUCAAAAACGAUCCCCACUUUCCAAAAGAUCCAAAAAUGGAGCUAUACACUUUGACAUUCCCCCAAUUAUUAUAUUGGUCAUUACAGAGGAUAUCAUAUUAUACAGUAGUCCAUCAUCAGGUCUUGUGUGAAUAUAUGUCAGUAUAUCUAUUUUUACGUCAACUAGCUAUCUUCGGUAUUUUGUACCUACCACAAUUUUUUUUACUUGGAUUGCCAAUUAUUUGUUUCAUGUUUGUUCAAAUUUAUACAAUUGAUACUUAGUUAGAAUUUGUUUCAUGUUUGAGAGGUGACCAAGGAUGUUAUGCAUAAACACACAAGAAAACCUAUAUAAUGAGAAGUUUUAUAAUGCUCUAUUAUCGCUACACUUUCUUUUAGGACAUUGUAUUAUCUGGAAAUUUUGAUCAUUUGUUAAUUGUAAUCAUUUUCCUCCAUCAGACUUCCAGUCAUAGACAACGUACGGUCUGGGACCUUUUGUGCGUUUGCUUAAGUUAGCAUUAUUUUACAUCAACACCUCGACAAAAAAUUAAAACAAAUUGUGAGAAACAAGAUCGAAUGUAGUGAAGAUCUGUCUCUUUUGUUUUCUUAACGUACAUCAUCAAGUGUUAGGCGGCAACCAACCAUCCAAAAACGUAUCUAAACAAAAUAAGUUUGUAAUUGUUUAUUUUUCAUGGGUUGACUUACCGUUUUCUACGUAAAAGCUGCCGACUACAAUAUUUCUUGUCUCGCUGUUAAUUGUAUAACGCACGAACAGCGCUUAGGAGACACUUGUGGUCAAAUAUUCGUAGCCUACGUGUGUUUUCCAUUUCUGCAGAUGAUAUUUCAGUUGUAAAAUGAUAUAGAGCAAACUGCUGUAUGGUACACUCGCUUUUUAUGGUAAGCAGCGUAGCAUUCCGUCUGAGCUCCGAGCGCUACGUACGUGACAGUGAACCCAAACUGUUGCACAGUUUCAAAAGUGUUGUCUUCCCUAAAAUCCGUCCUACAACAAGAAUGUGCAUCACAAGUAUGGAGUACGAAAAUACAGUUACAGAUACCUUGAUUUUCUCAUUAGCAGAGUCCCGUAUAUGUGUUUUAAAAACAAACGAGAAAACAAUACUACUCAAACCUAAACGUACGAAGUAUUGAGACAUCCCAGGUAACGUAAGUGAUAUUGGUAAAAGUAGUAUUGGAAUGGAUUAAAUAUAUAUUAAGUUUCGUUUCCUUUAUUAUUUGCUAUGACAGUGACGACUGAUGUAUCUACAUUCUUAGUUUUAUUCUAUCACUUUCCAUAGGACCUACAAAACGAAUUCGGGAAACCUCUCGUAAUAUUGCUUGGAGUUAUUGCGUUGUUCACUGUUAUGAUUUUUGUUGGUUUAAUACUAGUAGUAGGGUUUUGGUUCGCAGGAUCUUUUGAAAAUGAUGAUGCAAAAGAACAUGUCUCAUUAAUAAAAUCGCCUCAUCAAACUGGUGAUGACAAAAGAUCAGAAUCAAUUAAGAAAACGAAAAAUGAAUGAUAAAAUGUGCUUACUAUUUCUUUUCAUAUACACUCAAUCGAAAAAAUCUCUUGUUGAACGUUUUUACACUCAUGGAAUUUUUCUAAAUUCUUAUCAAAAUCUGUUUGGUUAACUUCGUAUGCUAUGAAAAUAACUAUGCUUUACUUUUUUGUCAAGAUUGACUAAAAUUUUGUUUAUACGUUUUAUUUGUUGUUGAAUAUAAUUAUUUCUGUAA